AUGAAAUUCCAGCUCCUAUUCUCCCUUACGUCUCUCCUCACCCUCUGUGAACCAAUCCCUAAGAAGCGCUCUAGCGAUAUGGGUUCCGCCAGAUAUGAGACGCAGCUGGCAAAAGCAUUACAGGCGAGAGAUGAAGCACGAAGGGCGUAUCACAGCGACAGAUCGGCCGCGAACUUGAAAAAGCUGAGGAGUGGCAAUACUGAUGUCCAGCGACUCCUUGCCACUGGAAUUAACGGCGGCUGA